CUCCAUUUUAGCAUUUUUCAUCUGCUUCCUGCGACGCUGGCGACCUCUGACCUCGCCUCCGAGACUUCCAGGACGCCGCCCUCCGUGCGGUCUUAGCCGUCCCAAGCCCCUCUCCUUUGGCCAUCUGCCCUGACUACCUGUUAUUUUUGUGGGGAGUGGGCAGUGAGAGAGCCACCCAGCACCCAAGUUCGCCCCGUUUCGGAUCGUCCAUGAAGCCUCCCCGGACUUCUCUCCGCAGCUCCGACCUCUCUUAGUGGAGUGUGUCUGAGAGUCACUGAUACCACAACCACCAUGGGGCCUUGGGGGGAGCCAGAGCUCCUGGUGUGGCGCCCAGAAGCAAUAGCUUCCGAGCCCUCGGUGCCCGUGGGACUGGAGGUGAAGCUGGGGGCCCUGGUACUGCUGCUGCUGCUGACGCUCCUCUGCAGCCUGGUGCCUGUCUGUGUGCUGCGGAGGGCAGGCGCUGGCUAUGAAGCCUCAGCCUCAGGCCAGAAAGCCCUAAGCCUGGUAAGCUGCUUCGCAGGAGGCGUCUUUUUGGCUACUUGUCUUCUGGACUUGCUCCCCGACUACCUAGCUGCCAUAGAUGAGGCGUUGGCGGCCCUGCAUGUGACGCUUCAGUUCCCUUUGCAAGAGUUCAUCCUGGCCAUGGGUUUCUUCCUGGUCUUGGUGAUGGAGCAGAUCACACUGGCUUACAAGGAGCAGUCCAGUCCACCACAUCCGGAAGAGACGAGGGCUCUGCUGGGAACAGUGAAUGGUGGGCCCCAACACUGGCAUGAUGGACCAGGGCUCCCCCAGGCCAGCGGAACUCCAGCAGCCCCCUCAGCCCUGCGUGCCUGUGUGCUGGUCUUCUCCCUAGCCUUGCACUCAGUGUUUGAGGGCCUGGCCGUGGGGUUGCAGAGAGACAGGGCUCGGGCAAUGGAGCUGUGCCUAGCUUUGCUGCUCCACAAGGGUAUCCUGGCAGUCAGCCUGUCCCUGAGGCUGCUACAGAGCCACCUACGGGUGCAGGUGGUGGCUGGCUGUGGGAUCCUCUUCUCAUGUAUGACACCUCUGGGCAUUGGGUUGGGUGCAGCUCUGUCAGAGUCAGCUGGGCCUCUUCACCAGCUGGCCCAGUCUGUGCUGGAGGGUAUGGCAGCUGGCACCUUCCUCUAUAUCACCUUCCUGGAAAUCCUACCCCAGGAGCUGGCCACUUCUGAGCAGAGGAUCCUCAAGGUCAUUCUGCUCCUAGCAGGCUUUGCCCUGCUCACUGGCCUGCUCUUUGUCCAAAUCUAAGGUGCUGAAAGAGAGAGGGCAGGGGAAGUUGACUGUCGGGUGCCCCUGUCCUCCCUGUCCUCCCCGUUUGUGCGAAGUAGAAAGGACGAGAGCAGAAGUAGUGAGGACCAACGAGUUCUCUGAGAGGUAGGGAUGGACAUUUGGACUAUGAAGAGGGCAGGUAAGAGGCUAGCCGCAGGCCCAAAGAACAAGAAAUGGCCAUGUUACUAGAGAUUAAGAGUGAGGCAGACUGCUGCAAUCAGAGGUCAGGCACUGCAUCUUAAGACAAGCUGACAGGAGAACCGGAGGCAUCCAGCGGCAUUGGGAUGAAGAUACAGAGAGGGUCUAAGUCAGUCUGAAUCCUGUUGGUUCCAGCCCAUUUCAGCACUGCCAAUUGCACUGGUCCCUCCUACACCCUUGCCUCCUGCUCUUCUGUAUCUCUCUUUUCUACCAAGGGACUAGUGCCAAAUGGUCUCUUUGCCAGUGUUCAUAAUUUAUCUGGCCUUGAGUGUCCUGCUCCCUCUUUUUGAGACAUGGCUUCUCUGUGUAACCCUGGCUGUCCUGGCAUUUG